GAAUUGUUCGAAUAAGAAAAGAAAAACUUCGUCUUCCCAAGGAAGUCAAGAAUAAAGGAACCAAAAAGUUAGUUGAGCAAAGAGACAAGAGAGAAGCAAAGAGAAACACCUGGGUUCCUGAAAUCGAUGGAUAGGCUUGAAGGACCACCACGUCUCAUACUAGUUGCUGAUCUCGAUUGCACAUUGGUGGAUCACGAUGAUCCUGAAAACAAUGACCUUCUUAGAUUCAAUGCGCUUUGGGAAGCUCACUAUCGCCAUGAUUCAUUGCUUGUUUAUUGCACCGGGAGGUCUUUCAGUUCUUACUCGAGUCUGAGGAAGAAGAGACCGUUGUUGACUCCUGACAUCGCCGUAACUUCUGUGGGUUCUGAGAUUGUAUACGGCGGCGGUGAAUCAACGGUGUCUGAUGUUGUUUGGACUGCUCGUUUGGAUUAUAAGUGGAAUAGAGACAUUGUUGUUGAGGAAACUCUUAAAUUCCCUAAACUUGAGCCUCAGCCAGACAAGAGCCAAGAAGAGCACAAAGUGAGUUUUUUCGUGGGAAGAGAAGACGCUGUUGAAAUAAUGAAGGUUCUUCCAGGGAUAUUAGAGGAGCGUGGGGUGGAUGUGAAGCUGGUUUAUAGUAAUGGAUAUGCUUUUGAUGUAUUACCAAGAGGAGCUGGCAAACAAGGUGCUUUGACAUAUCUACUUGACAAGUUGGAUAUUGAAGGCAAGCAGCCUUCUAACACACUUGUUUGUGGUGACUCUGGAAAUGAUGCUGAGCUUUUCAACAUUUCUGACGUAUAUGGCGUAAUGGUUAGCAAUUCGCAUGAAGAAUUAUUGCAAUGGUAUGAAGAAAAUGCAAAGGACAACCCAAAAAUAUUUCAUGCGUCUGAGAGGUGUGGAGCUGGUAUGAUAGAAGCUAUUCAGAGGUUUAAUUUGGGACCAAAUGUCUCUCCUAGAGAUGUUAUGGACACUGAAAAUUUCCAUGGGGAAAGUUUGAAUCCUGCUCAUGAGGUUGUUCAGUUUUAUUUGUUUUAUGAGAGAUGGCGUUGUGGAGAGGUGGAAAAGUCUGACAAGUACUUGCAGAAUUUGAAAUCGCUCUCUAGUCCACUUGGUAUUUUUGUUCAUCCGUCUGGAGUGGAGAAACCGAUACAUGAAUGGAUAGAUGAGAUGGAAAAUUUAUACGGUGAUGGGAAGGAAAAGAAGUUUCGCAUUUGGUUGGAUAAUGUUACGUCUUCUCAUAUCAGUUCAGAUACAUGGCUUGCAAAAUUUGUAAAGCAUGAGUUAUCUGAGGGAAAAGUACGGUCUUGUUCAACAAAAGUCUUACUGAGUUAUAAGGAGGAAAAGCAAAGGCUGACGUGGAUGCACAUCCACCAAUCAUGGUUAGAUGAAUCUUCUUCAGAUGAUCAAGAAAAAUGGAUUUUCUAAAGGAUUAUCUUAAUCUCGACUGACAUACUAAAGAUGACAUCUGUUUGGGACAGAAGCUAACCAAAGAGCAUAGUGUUUGUUUUGUGUUAUGUUUGUUUGGGGAUGGUGUGAGUUUGAUAAAGCAUGAAGGAUACUAAAAGCUGAAGAAGGUGUUGCCAUGUCUUGGUUUCGUUUCAUUAAUACUUUUUUACAUAUUUGGGUUAACUUAAAACUAUUAAUAAGGAAGGUUGGGUCCUGAAUUUGGUCUGUUCAUGACCUUUUGAGGGCAGGGAGAGUUUUGGGUCUCUACAACAAAACCUACAUUUCUUUAGUCUUACAAAACCUACCAUUGUGUUUGAUUUGCAAUUCUUUUUUCUGGUUUAUAUGGAUUGUUUUCUACUAUUUCUGUUUGUUUUUGUUGAGAAACUAUUUCGAUUUUUUAAACCAUAUACAAAACGCUCCA